AUGCCAGUCGUGCCUGGAGCUUUCAAGACAUACACCAAUAAGAAAAUGCCAACAACACAAGCCAACAAGUUGUGUUACCUUGAGGAGACCGAAUGGGAGUUGACGUACAAGACCUGCGGCAGCAGUAUGCAGUCACCCGUGGACAUCAACUUCAUGCAGACCAGCUUCAUGUCGUUCGAGGACCUCUACUUCCUCGGGUACGGCGUGGACUACCCCUUCGUAGUCGAGAACGGGGGCCAUGCCGUGUACAUCACGCCCCUGGGGGCUCACCUGGAAACAUACGGAGGUCCUCUCACGGUCCGCCACAACAUGUCCAAGGGAAUUUUCCGUUUCGGGAACGGCACAGGGGCAGGCUCCGAGCACAGAAUCGACGGGAAGGCGUUCGACGCCGAGAAACGCAAGUUCGCCAACCAGUACCUGGAAAGCUUCGUACGGGCCACUGCGCUGCUGUCACACAGGGGCAACUCAAGCACGUUGAGUACGCCCCUGUCGUUCUUCCUGCCCAACUCGACGGCCAAAUACUACCUGUACCUGGGCUCCCUCACGUUCCCCCCCUGUACCGCUGGGGUCACCGUCAUUGUGUUCAGCCAGCCCGUAGACAUCGGAGAAGGCCAGCUCCAGGCCCUCCGCAGAAACCUGUACCACUACGAAGGCAGCUGCAAGCACACGGUGGCCGGAAACCUGCGGCCCGUCAAAAAGCUCGAGACCCAAGUGUACCGCUCGUUCAAGUUCACCGGCGUCACCGGCGCAUCCGGCAGACUAGUGCACUCCGUCAGCUGUACUACCGUGCUCGCCAUGGCCUUGUAUACGGGUUCAUCCGCACGAUUUAGUCCUAACCUGGGAGCCUAG